UAAAAGGUUCCAUUAUCUGCUCUCCUUCCUCCCUGUCUCUCAAUCUCUGUGUGUGAGUGUGUUUUUUCCAUGGCUGGUGGUCUGUACAACGCAACCAGACCAUCGCAAUCUUCGUCUAAUCAGAACUUCGGUUCGAGGCUUCUUUUGGUGCUUACAGUUCUGCCGCUGACUCUCGCAGCCUUCGCUUUCGUUCUUCAAUGGAGAGGCGGUCUCAACGACCCAACAACGCGUUGGUCUCCCGACAGCCACGGUUUCCCUGGAGAUAUGGGAAGCUCGGCUCCUGAAGAAGUUGUUCGCUCGUCGUCUUCUUCUGAUUGUGUCGAGCUUCUUGGUCGGAGUUCAUCCCCCACAUUUCCUUACUACCGUGAUUGGAAAUUCAAUUACAAUGACGAUCUGAAACCAAAGAUAUGUAUUACAACGAGCACUUCAGCUGGCUUGGAGCAGAUUCUUCCUUGGAUCUUUUAUCAUAAAGUUUUGGGGGUUUCAACCUUCUUCCUAUUUGUGGAAGGGAAGGCUGCAUCUCCCAUUGUGUCUAAUGUCUUGGAAUCAAUUCCUGGUGUGAAAGUUAUAUACAGAACACGAGAGCUAGAGGAGCAACAAGCUAGAAGCCGGAUCUGGAAUGAGACUUGGCUGUCAAGCUUCUUCUACAAACCGUGCAAUUAUGAACUUUUUGUGAAGCAAUCUCUCAAUAUGGAGAUGGCUAUUGUCAUGGCUAGGGAUGCUGGUAUGGAUUGGAUUAUCCAUCUCGAUACCGAUGAAUUGAUACAUCCAGCUGGUGCUCAGGAGUAUUCGUUGAGGCAAUUGCUCUUAGAUGUGCCUGGGAACGCAGAUAUGGUUAUCUUUCCAAAUUAUGAGAGUAGUGUUGAACGAGAUGAUAUUAAAGAACCAUUCAGUGAGGUUUCAAUGUUCAAGAAGAACUAUGAUCAUCUUACAAAGGACGUGUACUUUGGUAUGUACAAAGAGUCUACCCGUGGUAAUCCGAACUACUUUUUGACCUAUGGGAACGGGAAAGCAGCCGCUCGAAUUCAAGAUCAUCUCCGUCCUAAUGGUGCUCAUAGAUGGCACAACUAUAUGAAGACACCAAAUGAAAUUAAAAUGGAGGAGGCUGCUGUUCUGCAUUAUACAUACCCCAAAUUUUCGGACUUGACUUCUAGACGUGACCGAUGUGGCUGUAAACCCACAAAAGAGGAUGUCAAAAGAUGCUUUAUACUUGAAUUUGACAGAGCUGCAUUCAUAAUAGCUUCGACUGCAUCAGAGAAGGAAAUGCUCCACUGGUACCGAGAGCAUGUGGUAUGGACUUCUGAAGCACUAAACCUGAAACUUCUGAGGAAGGGCAUUUUGACCCGCAUUUAUGCCCCUAUGGCCAUUAUUAAAGCCUUGAGAGAGUCUGGUGUUUUUAGCUCAGCGAUUGCAUCUGCACAAACAACUACUCUCUCAAAGGAGAAGUUUCUGUCUUCUGUCGAGAGCAGUAACUCAACUAGCUCAACAAAACCCAAAGUAAUUUCCUCAAGGAAGUUUGGGGGCAGCAGAGAAUCUCAGGCAAUGACUAGAAAGGCUUUGGAAAUUUCAGAUACCGAUUCUCAUAUGAAGGCAGUUCCACCAUUGUCUCCACCAGGCAUGGAUGAUCUCAACAUAGAAACAUGAUAAACCUCUCAGGAUUGCUUCUUCUGCCUCCUGUUCAGACCAAUGGCCCGAAAAUUAUUACAUGUAUCAUUUGAGGGGAAGAAUCAGAAGAGUUGACAAGCAGAUUGCAGGUGGGCUUUAUAGAUGUUUGACUUCAUAGAAUCUUCCCGAUCAUUACCCAAGCGUUGAUGUACAUUUCAGGUUAAUUGAUAGGGUUAGAACUGAGAUAGGGUUGGGAGACAUUCUUAGUUCAGCAGUUCUUUCCCAUGGCCUUAUUUGGAGCAUUUUGGUUGCCCACUUGAGAUAGCUAUUGGAGACCUCUGUCUGAUUUUUAUGUAUAGGUGUACUAUUAAUUCUCCAUUGAGAUAUUGAUGGUUAUAUUCACCAAUGUUACAAGUGCAAUUCAUUUUAGAAGUUAUAGAAUAGAUCAUUAUUCUUUU